AUGGUCUUGGUGGACCUGGUCGGAGGCGUCUCCGCCAUCGGCGACACGGACACGGACGCGAUGGUGGCGGGCGACUCGGGCAGUAAGCACAACGGCGGCCGCAGCGCCGUGUGUGCUGUCAACAGCAUGGUCUCGGAGGCUUCCGCGGCGACCGUGACCGUGUUGGACAUGAUCGGGGGCGUCUCUGCUGGCAUGGUCAAGAACGCGACGGUGGCAUUCGGCGCGGUUGAUGAGGCUAAUAGGGGUGUCUUCGUGUUGGCUGGGCAGCGCCACGAGAGCGUUUAUAGCAGUGGCAUCGAUAGCCGGGCUUAG